GCAUUUUCCGUUUUGACAUCUCGGUUUUGCGGCGAAUGAUUGUAAAAAGUGUCAAAAUAUUUCGCAGUUUCAAGGGGAGGAAAAUUAAUGAAAGACUUGACAGGGUAAAGUAACUGUGUUAAGAUUUAUUCUGGAAAUAUUUUAAGCGAUUGGCAGCAGCGAUAUGGCGGAAAAUGGUAUGCGUGUUGUAGGUCCCGGCGGUGCUGAGGUAGGCGACUAUAGCAAUGGAAAUCAUGAACACGAGCUAGGUCAGGAAAAUAUUAAGAGCACGCCAAGGCUAAAUGAAACUGCCCAAAAGUACAUGCAAGAAUUGCUCGCUGAGCGAGCACGAAUGGAGACUCAUUUUCCUCUAGCUGUAAAAUUGAUUGAUGAAGCCCUGGAACGUAUUCAACUAAAUGGUCGGAUACCCACGCGCGAACAAUACGCUGAUGUUUAUCAACAAAGAACUAUUAGACUGUCACAAAAGGUGCACGUUCCAAUAAAGGAUAAAAAGUUUAAUUAUGUUGGAAAGCUUCUUGGACCAAAGGGAAAUUCACUGCGUCGCCUUCAAGAGGAGACGCAAUGCAAGAUUGUCAUACUCGGUCGUUUCUCAAUGAAAGAUAGGGUCCGUGAAGAGGAGUUGCGAAACUCUGCUGAUGCCAAAUAUGCCCAUCUUAAUUUGCCGCUACAUGUGGAAGUGUCAACCGUCGCCCCACCGGCUGAAGCGUAUGCACGCAUUGCCUAUGCUUUAGCAGAAAUUCGACGAUAUUUGAUACCAGACAAACACGAUGAUAUCCGACAGGAGCAGUUUCGUGAACUAAUGGAGGAUCCUGAAGCUGCUAAAAAAAUCACUAUACGCCAACAGCAACAGCAGCAACAACAACAGCAAAAUAAUGCUCAUUCUGUUGGUGGCAAUAACAAUAACUCGAGCCAUCGUCCCGGUGGUUCAACUGGAGGAAGUGGCGUGUACAGGCCUAAAUACCAGCAACAAUCUCAUAACUACCACUACAAUGAUGAGACUGUUUAUUAUCGUUCGCAUAACAACACUUACCAUCAACCUAAACCUUAUGUGCCAGCUGUCCAACGCUCAAAUUUAAUGCACUCAACAAUGCCACCACAAGCCAUGGUGAACGCUUCGCCAUCGGGAUUGAUGCCCAAUGCAUCAAAUUAUAAUGGGCGCGGAUCGGUUAUGAAUAGCGGCGUACCAUCCAAUAAUGUUAAUAAUUUACGAUAUCGUUCUUCAUUGCCGCCGUAUCAAUUUGUAAAAAAAUAA